GCUAUGCUUUACUCGGCUGGUGUCCCCAAUAAGGAUAUGAUGAAGAAUGCGCCCCAUGUGGGAAUCGCUACUGUUUGGUGGGAGGGCAACCCGUGCAAAGGGCCGUUCAGAAGCAAAACAUGCUGCCCUGGCAGUUCAACACCAUUGGUGUGUCGGACGGCAUCACCAUGGGCUCGGAAGGUGGGUUGUUGGGACACAAUGGCUGGGCUUCACAUACUUACCACUCUCAUUGUAGGCAUGCGUUUCUCUCUGCAGUCCAGAGAGAUUAUCGCUGACAGUAUCGAAACGGUCACAUGCGCCCAACGCCAUGACGCCAACAUCAGCAUUCCCGGUUGCGACAAGAACAUGCCCGGUGUGAUCAUGGCCGCUGCUCGCCACAACAGACCUUUUGUCAUGAUCUAUGGCGGUACCAUGCGCAGAGGCCACUCCCAGCUUCUCGACAAACCCAUCAACAUCUCGACCUGCUACGAAGCUGUGGGCUCCUACAGAUACGGUGUGCUCAAGGCCAGCUGCAAGAAGCAGUCCGGUGCCGAGGCUACCGCCAGCGAGGUCAUGGACGAUAUCGAAGAGCAUGCCUGCCCCGGAGUUGGUGCGUGUGGCGGCAUGUACACGGCCAACACGAUGGCCACAGCCAUUGAAGCCAUGGGAUUGUGCCUUCCCGGGUCCUCGUCAUUCCCCGCCGAAUCUCCGCAGAAGAGAAGCGAGUGCGAGCGGGCCGCCGAGGCCAUCCGCAUCUGCAUGGAGAAGGACAUUCGACCCCGCGACCUGAUCACACGCCGGUCUUUCAUGAACGCCUUGAAGCUCACGAUGGUGCUCGGCGGAAGCACCAAUGCCGUUCUGCAUUUUCUGGCCAUGGCCAACUCGGCUGAUGUUGACCUCACUUUGGAGGAUAUCCACCGCGUCUCGGAGGCCACCCCGUUCCUGGCGGAUCUGGCCCCGUCUGGCAAGCAUUACAUGGAGGAUCUCUGCAACGUCGGUGGCACUCCCGCCGUCCUCAAGUAUCUGAUUGCUGUUGGCCUUAUCGACGGCGGCAUUCCCACCGUCACGGGCAAGACUCUUGCUGAGAACGUCUCGAGCUGGCCUUCGCUCGACCCCGGCCAGACCAUCAUUCGGGACAUUACGAAGCCCAUCAAGAAAUCGGGCCAUUUGCGUAUUCUCUACGGCAACUUUGCUCCCGGUGGCGCCGUGGCCAAGAUCACUGGCUUGGAAGGCGACUUCUUUACCGGCAGGGCCCGCGUGUUCAACAAGGAGCACGAGCUGAACAGCGCCCUUUCCGCGGGUCUCAUCAAGGAUGAGGAGGAGGGCCAGGUCUUGAUUGUUCGCUACGAGGGUCCCAAGGGCGGCCCGGGCAUGCCCGAGCAGCUCCAGGCCAGCGCCGCCAUCAUGGGUGCCGGCUUGAAGAAGAUUGCCCUUGUCACGGACGGGCGCUACAGCGGUGCCAGCCACGGGUUCAUUGUCGGCCACGUUGUUCCCGAGGCGGCUGUGGGCGGGCCCAUUGCCCUUGUGGAGGAUGGCGAUCUCAUCACUAUUGACGCUGUCAAGAACAGCAUUGAUAUCAUUGAGGCUUCGGGCAUCAAGGGCGCCGCGGGCAUUGCGGCGGAGCUGGAGCGUCGCCGACGGGGGUGGAAGCCGCCCAAGAUGAAGCCUGUGAGGGGCGUCCUGGCCAAGUAUGCCCGUCUUGUGGGCGAUGCCAGCCAUGGUGCUGUUACCGAUGCUGGCGGUCCGGCUUGGUAA